CUUUAACCGGCCUGCACCUUUUGUCACUACACGGACAACCUUCCGAAUCUCCCCUCGCUAAUGGCUUCUUCUAUCACUUAUAUACACCUGAUCACACGCACUCAUCCCAAAACUUUCACUCACUGGCGUCCGCCAUGACUGUUUACGUUGCCGUCGCACUCACCACCGUCAUCCUCCUCUUUACGGCUACUCACUCCUCCACCAUCGGAGUGGAGUAUGUUUUUCGUCUUCUUCAGGUUCAGGAUCGAGAGAGAGCUCCGUCAUCCGUACAACUUUCCGCUGCUAGAGCAGUGCUUGAUCGCUUCAUCCCUUCGCAUUCAUCCAGUUUCCAAUUUAACAUCAUCACUAAGGAGCAAUGUGGUGGAGUAUCCUGCUUUAUGAUAAGUAACCAUCCCUAUUCUAACUUGCUAGGUGCCCCUGAAAUUAUAAUCAGUGGUGUCACGGGAGUAGAAUUACUGUCCGGUCUUCAUUGGUACUUGAAAAACUUAUGUGGGGCCCAUAUAUCAUGGGAUAAAACUGGUGGUUCACAACUAUCUUCUGUGCCUAAGGCAGGGUCUCUUCCUCGUAUGAAAGAUGACGGACUUCUAAUACAAAGGCCCGUUCCUUGGAAUUACUACCAGAAUGCUGUUACAUCUAGUUAUACGUUUGCCUGGUGGGACUGGGAAAGAUGGGAAAAGGAGAUCGACUGGAUGGCUCUUCAAGGCAUUAAUAUGCCUUUGGCAUUUACUGGGCAAGAAGCUAUCUGGCAAAAAGUAUUUGCGAAAUUUAAUAUUAGCAGUUCAGACUUGAACGAUUUCUUUGGAGGUCCUGCAUUUCUGGCAUGGUCUCGCAUGGCCAACUUGCACGGAUGGGGUGGCCCACUGCCACAAAGUUGGCUAGAUCAACAACUUGCAAUGCAGAAGAAAAUUCUCACCAGAAUGUAUGAGCUUGGAAUGACUCCAGUUUUACCAGCUUUCUCGGGAAAUGUACCUGCUGCUUUGAAAAAUGUGUAUCCGUCAGCGAAGAUAACGCGUUUAGGAAAUUGGUUUACAGUUGACAGCAACCCUAGAUGGUGUUGUACUUAUCUUCUCGAUGCAACUGAUCCUUUAUUCAUUGAGAUCGGGAAAUCAUUUAUACAGCAACAAGUCAAAGAGUAUGGACGGAGUAGUCACAUUUACAACUGUGAUACGUUUGAUGAGAACACGCCACCGACAGAUGACCCUGAGUACAUUUCUUCACUGGCGGCUGCAAUUUUUAAGGCAAUGCAAAGCGGCGAUGAUGAUGCUGUUUGGUUAAUGCAGGGAUGGCUAUUUGCAUAUGAUCCAUACUGGCAGCCUCCACAGAUGCAGGCACUUCUACAUGCUGUUCCUAUUGGCAAAAUGAUUGUUCUUGACCUUUUUGCGGAAGUCAACCCUAUUUGGACUACUUCAAAUCAGUUCUACGGUGUUCCUUACAUCUGGUGCAUGCUGCAUAAUUUUGCAGGAAAUGUUGAGAUGUACGGUUUUUUAGAUUCUGUAGGAUCUGGACCUGUUGAAGCCCGUGUUAGCAAGAAUUCAACAAUGGUUGGUGUUGGAAUGUCAAUGGAAGGUAUUGAGCAGAAUCCCGUAGUCUACGAUCUCAUGUCAGAAAUGGCAUUUCAGCACAACAAAAUCGAUGUCAUGAAAUGGGUUGAUUCAUAUUCAAGCAGACGAUAUGGAAAAUUUGUUCCGUCACUGCAAGAGGCCUGGAACAUAUUAUAUCACACGGUUUAUAAUUGCACCGAUGGUGCUUACGAUAAAAAUAGGGAUGUGAUUGUUGCAUUCCCAGACGUUGAUCCAACCGUUUAUUCUAUAAAUCGUUUUUCAACGAAAAAAUCCUUGAAAGACGAAGAUGAACCUUUCGACAAACCACAUCUGUGGUACUCGACAUCAGAAGUUAUACGCGCAUUAAAACUUUUCAUUGAAGGUGGUAAAGAGUUAUCUAGAAGCAACACCUAUAGGUAUGACCUUGUUGACUUAACAAGACAAGCAUUAGCAAAGUACGCCAAUGAUCUGUUUCUAGAUGUCAUUGAAGCGUAUGAGUCACGUGAUAGUUAUAGUGUUGCUUACCUUAGCGAGAAAUUUCUUGAUCUUGUGGAUGAUAUGGACGCGCUAUUAGCUUCCCAUGAAGGGUUCCUACUAGGACCAUGGUUAGAGAGUUCAAAGCAACUAGCUGUCGACAAAGAACAAGAGAAACAAUAUGAAUGGAAUGCAAGAACUCAAAUCACAAUGUGGUUUGAUAACACGGAGGAGGAAGCUAGUCUGCUUCGUGAUUAUGGAAACAAAUACUGGAGCGGACUUCUACGCGACUAUUACGGCCCUCGAGCAGCCAUUUAUUUCAAGUAUCUGAAAGAGAGUUUGGCAACGGGAGAUAGAUUUAAUUUACAGGGAUGGAGAAGAGAAUGGAUCAAGCUUACAAACGAGUGGCAGAACGGUAGGUAUGUGUACCCAGUUAAAAGUGAAGGCGACGCCCUCAGCAUAUCGCAACGGCUUUUCGAUAAAUAUUUGUAUGAUUCCGGAAUAAAUGAUCAUUAGCUGCUUGCUACAGUGUCAAAUGUACAAAAUCUUUAUAAUUCUGUACUUUAUCAACGUGAACCUUGAAAUCCCUUAACAUGGUUUGGCAGUUGGCACUUUGGCCAACUCUUUAAGAGAUAAUGGAUUAUUGUCUGGUUGUUCCUU